AUGUCAACUUCAAAUGAUAGUUCAUGGGAUAAUAUUUUAGUAGGAUCACUUUCAUAUAAUAUAUAUAAUUCAUUCAGUAAUGAAGUUAUAGGUACAAAUUACGACAAGUACUGCAAUAUAUUUAACAAUUCACAUGGUAGUGAUGACAAUGAGGAUUAUAAUCUCUGUAAAAAAAUUGCAAGAAAUGUAGAUAUAUUAUCUAAUUACCUUAACAAAAUUGAGUACACUUCUCUUUGUUCACAUUAUAGAUACUGGGCAUAUCAUAAUAUAAAAAAAGUUUUAGGAGAAAAUACUGAUAAUGAGAAAGCCAGAGACAUAAUUCGUAAAUUAAAACAAGCUCAGAAUAGUAUAGAUGAGGCUUACUACUCAUAUUAUUGCCGAUAUAACCUUAAAGAUAAUAUUUCACAACGAUUAAAAGAGAAGUUAAAAGAAAAACAUUUGCAUGAUUAUUUCAAUAAUUAUGAUAGUAUCAAAAAAUAUGAAACUUGUAAAUCUGUUAACCUAGAGAAAUAUGAAAAAUAUCUUAAUUAUAUUAAUAAUUUACAUAAAAAAUAUAGGUCAGAGAAGGAUUGCUGUGAUGGAUCCUGGCAGUAUGAGUGUUUAGAUUAUUUCAGAUGUGCUGAUGAGUUUGAUCCUAGUAAACUCUUAUCUGCAUUAAAAUCUAACGGCAAUAAAAACUGCGAUAAUUUAAAAGUACUUGAAAAACCAUUGGCAUUUGGUAAUUUAGGGAAUCCUGGUAAUUCCCAGCCAGAUUUUAGGAGUUCAAUUUAUCUUGUUAAAUGUACAGAUAUUAUAAAUGAUAGAAUUAGUGAUAACAACCUCAUAGGAGGUAAAAUUAAAUGUCAAGUUCUUCCAUCAUCUACUGCAUCUCUUAAUAAUCCUUCUUCAUCAUUUAAUCACCGCCCGCCUGAUCAUGUUCCUUUUACUAUUGGUGGACAUAUAGAAACUCCUAUAUCUACCGAAUUAGGACGUGAUAACCAAGUUUCAAGCGGAAGUUCAAGAUCAAAAAAUCAUUUAUCCAAUUCACAUGCAUCAGAUGUAAUUAAAGAUAACAGUGCUGAUCGAUAUACUCCAUGCGAAAAUCUAUUAUUAUCAAGAGAUGCAUCAGGAAAAUGUAUAGAACCAGAUGUACGUAAAACUAAUACUAUAGGAGUAAAAUUGGACGUGUUCGCUCCAGGAAAAAAAAUUAAAAUCAGACUAAAUCCUAAUUCUUAUAUGUUCAAAAACAAAUUUUUUCGCGGUGGAAUCACAUUUUCUCUGAUAAUGGGAAUAAUACUCACUAUUUUCCUUUUCUAUAAAUUUACUCCUUUUGGAAGAUGUUUUCAUAAAAAAGUAUCAAGAAAAAAAAGAAUUGACGAUUAUUAUGAUGAUCCGUAUAUGCGGCAGUUUAUUAUCCGCGCUCCAAAAUCGACUAAAAGAAGAACUGGGAAUAGGGGAUUGCAAUUCUCUUAUUAUUCUAGAUGA